GCUGAAUUGUGCGAUUUGGAUUUAGUCACGCUUUUGUGGGCGGGGUUUCCCCUAACAGCGUUACCAUGACGCCCGUGUACACUUCGGUUCGUGACUUCACUUCAAUUCCCUGAGGUUUUAGUCUGUCGAGAUAUGUAAACAAUGUUACUUUUCAUCGAAGGAAUUUAAUUCAGAUAAAUGACACGAGGGCGAAAUAGUAAAUGCGGGUAAAUUCAUUAUGCGUGUAAAUCAAGAGGAACUAUAGCGUAUACAUGCGAUGUUUAAAAUGACAUAAAUCCAUCAGUGCUGAAGUUUAGUUGUGUGUUCUCUGGAUAUUCUUAGCAGCUUAAAAUGAGAGGUUAUCUUAAAACUUUAAACUGGAUAUUUAAACUCCAACCCAAGAUCACUACGGUGGGAAAACACAGGGAUUCACAUCUCUGUCUCCAGAAUGGUGGUGUGGAUGAGCACCAUGCUACUAUUGAAUGGAAUGAGAUGGACCACUGCUAUGUUCUUAACGACCUGAACUCUGCCCAUGGCACUUAUGUCAAUGACUGUCACAUACACAACGUAGCAGUGCGUCUUACACCAGGGGAUGAGAUUCACUUUGGCUAUGGAGGAUCAGCCUACAAGCUCUUAGUAGAUCCUGCAGACCCACUCCCUGUUCUGCCUAUCCAGUCAUCCACUUCUCCAGCUGGAGUAAGGAGUCGUGCUCUGUCCUCUUCUGUUACUCCUCAUCCUCCUCGCAGGCCUCGACCUGUAAGUGCAGGAGCUACACGCAGCAGUUUGGGCACAAAUGUUCAAGAUUACAGUGGCUCCUCUCAUAAAAGAGGAAGCUGUGCUAGCACUACAGGAAGAGGACUCGUUUUUAGAAAUGCAAGCAUGUCCCAGAGCUGUCAAAGUAUGCAGGACUUAUUACAAGACAAGGAAGAAAGCUGGGCACGGUGUAGGGAGGAACAGAGUGGUGUGCUGGCAUCUCAGGGUGAAGCUCAAAGGAAGGAGUGUAUGAUCUCAGCUCUGAGGGAGGAAGUGUCAGCACUCCGGUUACAGCUCUCCCAGAGCAACCAGAAUGACCCAGACAUCAGUCACAAGCUGUACAACCUGACCAGAGACAUCCAGGAGAAAAAAGAAGAGAUCCAACAGCUAAAGGAGCAGAUGCUGGAGAUGCAGGUGAGAUCUGAUGAGUGUAAUGGCCAGGCUGUAGCAGAGAGAGAUCAGAGGAUCAGCAAUCUCAAAAAACAGCUGGAUAAGCUGAAGAGUGAAAACAGCAAGUCAGCAGCACUGAUCAACAACACGCAGAAGGAUCUGUUGGCUCAGGAGAAACAGGCAUUAAAACUGGUUGCUGAAGUCGACAAUCUCAGAAAAGAUGCAAGACACAAGGAUGCUCAGCUUAGUAACAUGGCUAAUAAGCUGUCAAAGCUGAAAGAGAUUGAGAAGCAUCAGGAGGAGUUUCUUGCCAGGGAAAAAGAGGUGGAAUCCUUCAAAAAGACUGUGGAGCAGAUGGAGAAAACUCUGAGAGAGAAACAGAGAGAGAUAAAACAGCAGAAUACAGAGAGAGACUUACUCAAACACAGACUGGACCAGAAGACACAGGAGCAAAGCUGUCUGCAGUCGGAGAUGAGCAAACUGAAGCUGCAGCAGCAGCAAACACUCCAGAGAGAACAGAAAGCUCAAUCAGAACUAAAACACACACAGACAAGGCUUGAGAACAUUUGCAGACAAAUUAUGAAACAUGUACUCGUCACAUCAGAAACAGUAUCAGAACAGGAGAUAUUGAAUCGUUUGUCAAAGUUAAGGAACCAGAAGGAAGUGUAUAACUCCAGAGUGCAGGAAUUAGAGCAACAACUGCAAGAACACAAUGAGAACCAAAGGGUGGUGGAAGAAGACACUGGGAAACUCAAAGCCAGACUUGCUGAAUUUCAGAGUAAUGUACAAAAGGUAUAUUUGGUAGAUGCCAUGCAGAGGCAAAUAUCUGCUUUCCAGGAUGAGAAUGUGUGUCCUGCAGUCAGCUGGGUUCAGACUCACACACUCUCUAUACUGACCAGUCUACACACACUGCUACAGGACACAGCACACACACUGCUGGCAACAGGGGUUGAGGUGUCUGAGAAGACUGGAGGAGUCUCAGGUGCUGUAAAAACAUUGUGCCAGCAGCACCAGGAAAUCCAGUCACAACUCAGGAGGCUACAGGCAGAGAAGAAGAAGUUUGAAGAGAGGGAGGACCAAGCUCAGGCACAACAGAAACUUCAGGCAAAAAUGGAGGACAAUGUGAAACUGCAGCUGGAGAAAAUGAGCACUGAUCUGGAGGCAGUCAGAAAAGCUGAAGCUGUUUUACGACUGGAGAUGGAGACACAGGAGUUGAAGUGGCGCACCAAUCUGGAGGAAGCAGAGAAAAGAGAAAUUGAACUGAAGGAGAGGGUUAGAGAUGUAGAGCUGCAAGAGGAGCAGUGGAGAAAAAAAGUGAAGGAGGAGGAGGUAAGAGAAGAUGAGUGGAGGAGAAGAGUAGAGGAGGCCCUGCAGAGAGGAGCAGAGCAAGAGAGAGAGAGAACCAGAGUGGAGAUUGAGGAGUACAAGGAGCAGGUGCGGCAACAUGCUCACACCAUUGUUGCCUUCGAGGAGCAAAUGAAUUCAGCAAUACAGAAAGCGAGAGAGAUGCAGGAAGAGAGAGAUUCACUAACACAGCAGCUUACAGAGACAUUUAACAAGGUGGAGGAUCUCAAAGAAAGUCUUUCAUCAGAGCAACAGCAACUGAAGCAGACAGUGACAUCCUUCAGGGCAUCACUUGGAGUGUCCCAACAGGAAAUGGUCAGGCAGGGUGAGGUCACUGCAUCUCUCAGUCGUGACCUCGCCCACGCCCACGCUCGUCUCUCUGACCUCACAGGAGAACUGAGUGAACAGCAGAAAAUGGAGCUGGAGACACACAAAGCUUUAGUCGUGGACCAGAGAAUGCAACUGAGCAUGCUUACACAGAAGUUAACAGUGACCACUGAGCUGCUUGAACAGAAAGAGGAGGAACUGAAGACAUUGAGAGAGAAAUUGAUACGAACAGAGACAGAUUUGAAGAGAGAGAGGACAGAGCAUGCAGGCCUUCUUCCUCUAACAAGCCCACACACUAAGGAUGUUGCCAUUAUGGUUAGUCCCAGCUAUGUGCCUAAUCAGGUGUCCAAGCGCAAAGGUUGUCGUCAAGAAGAAAUGAUAUGUCAGGACAAACAAACCCUCAAUGCACUGAAAGAGAGGAUCAGUGCUGUAGAGCACAAAAGGCCCUGCAAGGUGUUGGCCCAGCAGAGGGAGCCAAUGAGACAGGACCAAAAGAAACCAGUUCAAAUGAAAGGUCAAAGGCUUAAGAGAUCUGCAGCAAAAAGAGACUCCUUCAGCUCUGUGAGUGGCUUUGCUUUCCCUGAGGCUCUGAGUGAAGCAGCACUGGAACGCACAGCAAGAUUGGACUUGUCUGAUGCUUUGGAGCUAAGUGAGAUGACGUAUGUGGAUCUGGCACGUGCAUUGUGUGAAGCUCUGGAGCUGAGUGAGGGACAGCUUUCAGGAUGUAUCCCACUGAAGCACCUGCCGCCAGGGGAGAGAGAGCACAUGGCCUUGCUCAGACAGGAAGACCUGGAGCUGUUACGAAGCCGACUCGCCCUGCAGAACAGCCAGAGCCAAAACAAAGAUCUGCUACUGCAAGAGUGCCAGAAGGAAAUACAGACACUCAGGAACAGCCAGGCCAUUGGGCAGCAGCUGCAGAUUGAGCUGGAUAAUGUGCAUUCAGAGCUGGCUACACUGAAACUGGAGAACAGUACACUACGCCAGACCCUGGAGGACAUGCAAACCCAGCUCCAACACUACUCUAACCACAGGAAGAGCAUGGCUCCGAAUAUAGACAAAAUGGAAGGGAGGAGUAGAAGAAUUGGUCAUCAUGACUGUAUACCAGACAAUAACUUUGGCAAGGUAGCAGUCAUGAAGAGGUCGAAGAAGCCAGCGAAGAAGCAGAGGGCAGAGGGUGAGAAGGAUGUCCCGAGGAAUGAACACGAAGAACGGGAGAGCUGAAACAUGGCCGCUCAGAUAGCUAGCGUGGCACAGCAACAGCAGAACUCUACGCUCACUGAGGCACACUGAGGCCCGCUGACACAGACAUUAGUUCAGGUUCAGUCCUCAAAAUGAAUGACUUGUUAUAUAAAAAAUGCACUUGAAUCCAUAUGAAGUAAAUUAUGUUUGCCAAAAGAAAUGGCCGCACUUCUCACAGUAGCCAACGACAUUAUAAAUAAAUGAUUGGUUUAUUUUUAUUUAAAAGAAGAACGACGUGUACUUUUUAUAUGUGUGUAGUAAUGUUGUGAAAGAUCUGCAAAACAAGUUAGUUUCUGUAAUCACUAAUAACAGUUGUUCCCUCACUAGCCUGUCUUUUUUCUCUUUCUUGAAGUUAACACAAAAAAUGCAACUUGCAAUGUUACUGAUAACUGUUGUGUCUGACAACUUUAAGGAACAGCUGUACAUUUGACAAAGUGCUGACACUGCUUCCAUAAAUAGUAAAUAAAAAUGUGUAACAGAAAAAUGUGCCCUAUCAACAAUUUUAAUGUUUAUGUGGACCGUCCAUCAUAUAUAACUUCAGUGUGUAAGUUGUUACUAUAGAAACAAUAACAUAUUAGAAUGAGCUCAGUAAUAUAAACCUGAACUACCACCAGAGUGAUGCUUUUAUAGCAAAUGAAUCAAUAAGUUCUGACCAAUCAGAACUCAGAAUUCAACACUAUGGUAUAAGAAAUUAUAAUGCAUUGCAAAGUAAAGUUGCUAUGCUGGUCUGUAAAGAGUUAACACUUAUUAACACAGACAUUAGAGGCUCUCUGUGUAAACAUAACUGCACACUUGCAGACAGAGACCAGAGUAAAAAUUAUGCAACACUAUUUGUCAAGGCUGUUAGUCCUCUGCAGUGUCUUACACACAUUAUGUAAAAUCUAAUUGUAGCAAUUGAUCGGAAAUACAAAAGCACACCAAUGCGUCAUAGGAAAAAAAUAAUUAUUUUUUUUACUUUCCAUAUUUUCUAUGAUCCACUGUAUUGCUAAUUCUUAAAGGUAAAUAAAUGAAA